AUGUCCUUGCUCGACGCACCUCCGUGGCUCGGCGCCUUGGCAAGUACGGCUAUGACUACAAUAUAUUGCCCCGUGGACUCGGAAUGGUUAGACAUCACCCCUGACGACGAGUGCGGACUCAUGAUCGCCAAUAUCGCCCUAGCCAAAAUCCUUGAGCUUGCAGAUCAACUUCCACCACCAUGGCCUGAAGCUCGAUACUUCCAUCUCCCCGGGCUACUUCACCAACGACGCGAACAAGAACAUUUAUGGAAUCCAACGCCCCGUCAAGCUGUUGACUGUAGGCAAGGCUUUGGCGAGGCAAAUUGCGAGAUCGACUAUAACGCUACCGGCUCGCAGGAACUCAGAAAUUCGAACGUCGACCAGUUUGCGUCCUGGUGA